UCCCUCCUCUCUUUCGAGCUCUCUCUCUCUCUCUUUCCCCUCUCUUUUUCCUUCUCAGUCUCUUGCUAUAGAGGGCUCCAACAGCAGUUUCAGUCAGUGUGCUUCUGCCUGUGUGUGUUUGUGUGUGUGUGUGUGUGCUGCUACUUUGUACUGUAAAGAACACACAGCCCCAUGUGCUCUGUAUGGAUGUUGAUGAUACUCUGUGUAGCUUGAUUUUCUGCAAGCAGGCAAGAUGUCCAGCACACCACAUGACCCUUUCUAUUCUUCUCCUUUUGGCCCAUUUUAUAGGAGACACACACCAUACAUGGUGCAACCAGAGUACCGAAUAUAUGAAAUGAACAAGAGGCUGCAAUCUCGUACUGAGGAUAGUGACAACCUCUGGUGGGAUGCUUUCGCUACUGAAUUUUUUGAAGACGAUGCCACAUUAACCCUUUCAUUUUGUUUGGAAGAUGGACCAAAGCGAUACACAAUUGGAAGGACUCUGAUUCCUCGUUAUUUUAGCACUGUCUUUGAAGGAGGUGUAACGGACCUGUAUUACAUUCUCAAGCACUCCAAAGAGUCAUACCACAACUCAUCCAUCACAGUGGACUGUGAUCAGUGCACCAUGGUUACCCAGCAUGGAAAACCCAUGUUUACUAAGGUAUGCACAGAAGGACGUCUGAUCUUGGAAUUUACCUUUGAUGAUCUCAUGAGAAUAAAAACAUGGCACUUUACCAUUAGACAGUACCGAGAAUUAGUCCCUCGCAGUAUUCUAGCCAUGCAUGCACAAGACCCUCAGGUGCUGGAGCAGCUGGCCAAAAACAUCACCCGAAUGGGUCUGACCAACUUCACCCUCAACUACCUCAGGUUGUGUGUAAUAUUGGAGCCAAUGCAGGAAUUGAUGUCAAGACACAAAACUUACAACCUCAGUCCUCGAGACUGUCUGAAGACGUGCUUGUUUCAGAAAUGGCAGCGGAUGGUAGCCCCACCAGCAGAACCCACAAGACAGCCGACCACCAAACGGAGAAAAAGGAAAAAUUCCACGAGCAGCACUUCCAACAGCAGCGCUGGCAACAAUGCAAACAGCACCAGCAGCAAGAAGAAAACACCAGCUGCUAACCUGAGUCUGUCCAGUCAGGUACCUGAUGUCAUGGUGGUUGGAGAACCCACACUGAUGGGAGGAGAGUUUGGGGAUGAAGACGAAAGGCUCAUCACUCGGUUAGAGAACACACAGUAUGACGCAGCCAAUGGCUUGGAUGAGGAGGAAGACUUCAACAACUCCCCCGCCUUGGGGAACAACAGCCCGUGGAAUAGCAAACCUCCUGCUAAUCAGGAGACCAAAGCGGAAAAUCCCACUCCACAGGCUUCUCAAUAAGUUCUGUUCGGAACCCGCAGUGGGCAGAGGGAGGGUGGGGCUUACUCUCUCAGAGCAUUUACUUAACAAAUAAACCAACUUUCCACACAGAUAUCUAUUUCUAAAAAUGCAGCUGAUUUUUAUCGAGAGGAUUAUCCUGUAUACGCUUCCACAUAUAUUUCUCGGAGGCCUCGCAUAUGACACGGAUACUGGCACUGACCUCAAUUAAAAUAAUUGAAAAGGGUAUGUAGCACCUCAUGGCGAAUCUUUAACCAUGUUUUUGUUUUGCUUUUUUCUUGCAUCAAAAAAAUCAAGGCCAUAUCGGAAGAAGUCCUCAGUGCUCAGGAUCUCAUUAAUUAUACCGAACAUAACUCUGGAUGACUUUUUAAUAUUGUAAAAUAUUUUCUGCUUUUCAACUUGCACCUGAAAAUUUCUUGUUUCAGAAAAAUUCAGCUUUUGGAAAGUAAUAUAACUGUAAUUUUAGUUUUUGUUUGUGUUUUUCGGGUUUUUGUUGGGUUUUUUUCCCCCAUUCUUCCACCAGGGGUUAACCAUUGAGAGGAUCCAGCGAUUAUCAUUUGUCAUGCUUCAUGUCAAUCCCCAGUCCUUCAGUCACUGAACAAGUGCUGAAACAAAAAAUGUCCUCUUUUUUUCAUCAAAGACAUGAAAGAUAUUUUUCUGUGGAGAAAGACCACCCGUCUUUAGAGCAUUUCUGCUUUGUAAAAUUGCUGUUGAUCCAAAUAUUUUAAAGCCAUGCAAUCCGUUAAUUUUGUGGGCAGUUUAAGGAAUCUAAAACUUUUGUGUUUGCAUUGUAUCUAAGUUGGCUUUAUUGUUAUUUCUAUCCAUAGUAUAUUUCUUGUAUAAUAUUUUUGUAAAGCCCUCAACUGUUUUGUUUUUCCCCUCUUUUGGAUUUCAGUGUAUUUAUGUGAAACUUUAUAAGAGAACUAAUUUUUUCAUUUCCAUAUUAAUAUGUUCAGCUCAAACAUGUAAAGACCCAGUGAGUCGAUGUGUUAUAAUACAAUUGUAUUUUAUGUAUGCUUUGCCAAUAAGUGUGCCAACAAUAAACU